CGGCCGUCGUCAUGGUGAAGCUGAGCAAAGAAGCCAAGCAGAGGCUGCAGCAGCUCUUCAAGGGCGGCCAGUUAGCCAUUCCCUGGGGCUUUAUCCCUUUCGUGGUUUACCUGGGUUUUAAGAGGGGUGCAGGUCCCAGAAUGCCUGAACCAACUGUUUUGAGCCUGCUCUGCGGGUAAAGGACUGUUUGGUCAUCUGGACUUGGAAGCAGUCGUUGGACGAGGGCAGCGUGGAACAUGUGU